GGAAAUGCCCCAGCAGAGUUUCUGAGAAGGUGGCAGUGUGAAGAUGAGUCUGGUGGGCAUCUCGGGGGUUUCAGCUUCCACCAGAGCUCCAGGAACAGACCUCAGGCUGCCUGGGGAAGGAGUCCCCACAUGGGAAGGAGCCUGCAGAGGGUUUUGGUGCCAGGGAUCGGUGCCAACUGGGACAAAAGCAGCUGCAGGUCGGGACAGGCAGAAGGAACCUCGGAGCUGUGCAGACCCGGGCACCCCAUGCUGUAAAUCCGCGCUGAAACUUCCCUUCCAAAACACUUUCUGCCUGUCUUCACAACCUCCUUCCUUUGCAGGCAGCAAACUUCUGGCCUCUGGGAAGCUGUGGUGAAACGCAAGCAGCGACCUGUCCCAGGCCAGGCUGUUCUGAGAGCCAAACAGGAGCCAGCUCCUACCCCAAGAGAAGAAAUCUGCUGUGGGUGACGCGUUCCUGGGAGCGAACACCCAGAGCAGGGCCAGGUUUUUAAUUAUUGUGUGCAAGGCUGGGGUCAGGGCUGAGCUCAGUGCUCUGCUGUCAGCUAUGCUGCAGAACAGGAUGUCGGAUUAAGGAGUCUCCAGCCAAAGCCGUGCCCAGGACAGCAGGGGACAGCAGGGAAGUGAAGGAGCUGGGUGGUACCGAGCACUCCCGGGCACUGCCAGCUCACACCCAGCGCUCUGGGGCACAGCACCGACGGGUUUUGGGGGCUGGAGCAGCAGGAAAGGAACCUCACAGGGCUGCGGGAUGAAUUCCACUCGCCCUGGCUGCAGGUGAGGGGCUGGGGAUCACCUGUCAGGACGUACCUGCUGAGCCUGGCCAGCACAGCCUUAUCUGCAGCAGGGUUAAUGUGUAACCUGGCUGUGUUUGGUUAGCCCAGAAAAGCAAAGAGGUCCUGGGAUAGGCACGGUCGGGACAAGGAAUUGUGCAGCACGGAACGACGGACGGCCCGCCGGGAUAUUUCCCCCGUGCCAGCCUCCAGGGCAGCCCGUGCUAUGCCUAGGAAGGAGCUGGGGAUGGCUGGCUGCAACUCUGGCAGCUGUGACAGCAUGGCCAGCACGGCCUCCAACCACUCGCAGCGGAGUGCCAGCAGCUAUGAUUAUUUAUCCGUGGAGGAGAAGGAGUGUUUGCUGUUCCUGGAGGAAACCAUUGGCUCCCUGGAUGCAGAAGGAGACAGCGGCGUGUCCACGGAUGACACGGACUGCGGGGAUGUUGGCAAUGGGAUUCCCGCUCGGAGCAGGGAUCAGCAGCGUGGUGGGGCUGAGCAGAAGAGUGGGAAAAUCAUCUCUGCCCCCUCCAGCCCAGGCUGCCCCAGCGCUCCGAGGAACAUCCCUGCAGCCAACGGAGCUUCUGGCAGCAAAGGAAGGGUCCCCACGGAGCCAGCGGGAAAAGCAGCGCAGGAGGUGCCCAAGGAGGGGCUGGACCGAGCCAGCUCUGGAAGCCACACGAAAUCCGUGAUUAUCCGGCCUCCAGAGCCCUUCCAGGAUGAGCUGGAGUGGUCACACAGCCCUCGCUCAGACACCGAAGGGGAGGCGGCCAAGGAGACCAAGAUCCGGACUUUGUGGGGCCACCAGGAGAAAUCCACGCUGGAAGAGGCCCCUCAGGACCCCGAUGCCAAGCGUGGGCCUCCAACUGCCCCCAAACCGCGCAAGCUGCCCCCAAACAUCAUCCUGAAAAGCAGCAGGAACAGCUCAGUGCCGCUGCCCACGGAGCACAACCACAAGGUGAAAGCAGCACCUCCACCCUCAGCCACCCCUCAGCCCAGCCCUGCCGGCGACAGCGCUGCUGAAAAGGGGAAUUCGGGCCACCUCGACGCCAAGGAGAAGGAGAAAGCCCGACGGGAAGCCCUGGAGAAGUUGGGACUGUCCCAGGCCAGGAGGGAGCCCAGCGCCCAGCUCCAUCCCCACGCCAGGGAGACGCCGCUCCCCGUCCCUGGGCAGCCUGGGGAGGGCUCCGUGCCGGGGAUCCGGCAGAUGACCUUCAAAUCCAACACCCUGGAGCGCUCUGGGGUGGGGCUGGGCAGCUCCAUCAGCAGCAGCAGCAAGGAGCAGAACGCCAGGAGCAGCAGCAGCUCCCUGGGCAAGAUGUCCUUCAUCGAGCGCCUGGCCCCCAGCUUCCUGCGGGGCAGCCGCCCCCGGCCCACCUCCCUCGGGCCAGGGAAGGACUUUGGUGGCCUGAAGGAGAGUGAGGAGCAGGACAAGAGCAGCAAGAGGAGAUCCCACCCUCUGCCCAGCUUCCCCAGGCCCUCGCGCUCUGCUGUGAGCGUGAAGAUCUCCCCGAAGGCCGCGGCCGACGAGAACCGGCGCGAGGCGCUCAAGAAGCUGGGGCUGCUGAAGGAAUAACUCGUGGGGCUUUUCACCCCAAAUCCAGCGGCCUUGGGCUCGAGCAUCUGCUGCCAUCUCCUGCCCCAGCGCUGUGGGAGAGGUGUUGGGAGCUUCACGCCAAGGAACGCUGCGUGGACAGAAUAUUUUGUAUAUAGCAGAUGUGUGUGAGCUUUUUGUUUAUACAGAGCAUCUCUCAGCGUGGACAGGGCAUGUUCUCCUGCAAGGGCUUUAAUGCAUUUGGGGAUUCAUCAAAACAGGGAAGCUGUGGAAUUAGGGGUUUGGUUUAUUUUCAAAGGGGUCACCAUCUCUGGGAAGAACUGCUGGACUUUGCUGCUCCUUUAGGACUUUUUUGGGUUUUUUUUUUAAUUAAUUUUAUCACAGCCUCUGAGGCCUGAGCACUCACCUGCCACAUGAAAGCGCCUCCUGGAAGCACCACUGCCUGCUGGGGGUCUGCACAGACAUCCCACUGCCUCCCCUGCCACACUGCUCUCCCACCCAGCCUUCAGCACCUGGAUCCAGCACCUGGAAGAGGCUUGGACUGCAGGAAGUGACAGCCAGAGGUUGUGCUGGUGUCAGAUCCAGAUGUGCUGCCCAAAACGGGGCCGAUGCAAGGCUGGGACAGCUCCAGCUCGUCCCUUCCGAGCUGUCCUGGCACCUCUCAGGCCCAGCUGAUGCUGCCAACGCCUUGGGGAGCAGAGGUGGUUGGUGUCCCUAAUAAACCUGUGUGUGAUCAGAAA